GGCGUAUGCCAGCAAAGUCUGAAAGUGAAUAACCGCUUUUGGUCGCGAACGAAUACCAGAAUACUGGAGCAAGACGUUGAGGGCUGAGGCUGUUGCGGCAAACGUUGAAAAAUUACGAUUGCGCUAUUUUCAUGUCUGUAUCAGUCUAGCUGUGCCAAACUGCGUUAUCGUGUUUACUCAUCUGAAUUCUGAGAAACAAGCAACCUGAUCAGCUUUCUUGUUUUCCGUAAUGUUAAUACGUUAAAAAAUCACUGCAUCGAAUAAUCAGAUGAUGGACAAGGUUCAGAGUUUGCUCGUAACAAGUGAUAGCAAAGAGAACAGUCUUCUGGAUCUUUCUGGUCUUGGACCUCGUCGGAGUAUUGUUAGAAGAAUAGGAACCCAACUUCCUCUCGGUUGUGCUGCUAGACCCACCUUUGAACUUUUGCCCAAUGGAUCACAUGUGAUACGUGCAUAUGGAAAGAAAACGUCCAUGUUUUCUCUUGCUGACGUCAUACAACUUGAUGAACCUUUACCAGAGAGCAUUGUACCAAUUCGUGCUAGUGCCAGUGUACCAAAUUUGAAUGAUACUGCUGUAUCAGAAAUCCCUAUCACAUCAUCAGUAUCUGCCACUUCAGUAACAUCGGCAUCUCAAGAACAUAUGGUUACAAAAAUAUCUGCUUUAGAAGAUGAACUUGCAUUUCUUCGAACACAAAUUGCUGCUCUUGUAACAACACAACAACAUCAAGCAAAUGUAUCAAGCUUCAAUGUCAGCAUAUCUAGUAAUCUUGAAGCACCUACUUGCACAUCCACACCAUUGAAGGCACCACCUGCACCACCCGGCAUCCCUCCUCCGCCUCCCCCACCUCCACCGCCUCCUCAGCUCACAUCAGGAAAUGAGAGAAAGAGCGUACAAGAGUUGAUAAGAGAGAGAAAACAUGGAAAGUCAUCUAGUCCGACUGCAAAAUCUUUUGAAAGAUUGAAAUCUUCAGUACCAGAUAUGGCUGAUGUUUUAAAAGAUCUUCAUAAAGUCAAACUCAAGUCUGUUUCAAGAUCACCUGGUGGAACUCCAUUCAACAAGAAAAAAGAUGAUUUAGAAGUGGUAGCUGGGGAUCCAGCUUCAUUGAUUGCUGCAGCAUUGAAGAAAAAAUUUGCGCACAGAAAAAAUUUUGAUUCACCCAAGUCAGAUGAAGUUGAUGACUCAUUUGAAACAAAUAAUUUAACACCAGUCAAAGGUUUUCCAAGUCCUAAUCAAACUCCAAAAUUUGGUCAGCACCUUUUAAAAAGACGCAACACUUCACCAGCACCCACAACUACGCCUAAACCAGAGCUUCCAACUUUUUUAAAGAAAAGAAGAGAUUUGGAAAAUGUUAACCCACAAUCUUGAUCAGAAUUUUAUUAUAGUUGUUCAUGAAUAACCGAGUUUAUUUGCAUGAAUUGCUUUCGAAUUUUUUCUGUUUUAUUCUGCGUGCUAUUGUACUUUUUAUCUAAGUUCAUUUAUUGUAUAAUUCAUCUGAACGAUUUAAAAUGGGAAAAUACCAGACAUAUAUUUCUGAUUUCAUGUUUGCCUAAUCGGCUUUUUUCAUGUACCUUUUUACUACGAACUACAUGAGAUAAUUUUGGUGCUAAUGGUUUAUCAUUUUUGUUGUCAGUGCUACACCCAUGACACAUGCUAUUUGGUCUUUUAUAACCAUUCAAAAUAAUCGUACAUUUUUGUGUCUGGUCUCAGUACUGCCUGUCAUUACUUUCAUUUUAGAAUUUUAUGCGAUUUUACAAUUUCUUGCCUUGCUAUCUUCAGUUACUUUUUAUUGGACUGAAAUUGAAUCUUCAAAACCAGAACCGGAUUUAGUACAGUUUACUAACCUUAUACUCACUCUUGCAGUGCUGGCAAUAUUUAAAAAAAAAUUAUCGAUAGCUCUCAUUUUUUUUAUCAAUGUUCCUCUUCCAUCGCUUUAGUUUUUCUUUAUUCUCUCGUACCUCUGCAUUCCUUGUGCUAUUCGUCUGUUGCUUUUAUUGUCUCCAUGAAAAGGAUGAGCCAAUUUACCGGCACUACUGAAAUUGGCAUGUGCAUCGUAUUCAGAAUCAAUUUACCUAUUCCUAAUGCUCAUAAACCCCCAUGUUAUGCUAUUGGGGCAAAUCAUUAGGGCAGUAAAUGCGGCACAAAAUAGAAAAAAAAUACUUUAAUCCUUGCCCAUAGAAUGAUCUAUGUCCAGUUUACAAGUCUGGCCCAGAUUCAGGUCUCAUUGCCUUGUGUUCCUGCAUCAAACAUGAUGCCUAUCAAUUGAAACUUUUAUGUCUGCUAUAUAGUUUUGAUUUUAUUCUGUCUGUGACAUUUGAACUGUAUACUCCGAACAUGCAAAUGAAAGUGUUUUGCUCUGAGAUUAA